GCGCAUACAUAGCUAAAAACGAAGUACAGUGCAACGCCAUAAUUCACUAAUACAUCAUAAAUCGUUGAAAGUACCCGCGUUAUAACGACCAAGAGAAAUCUAACAAAUCAAGCGCCCCUUAGUACUCAACUGUAAGCCUGCAACUCUCUAAAACAACCUAAAUGAGCUCUUACUUUGUAAACUCGUUCUCGGGGCGCUACCCAAAUGGCCCCGACUAUCAACUGCUAAAUUAUGGAGCCAGCAGCGGCGCAAUGAACGGCGGGACGUACAGGGACUCUUCCUCAGCCACCAUGCACCAUGCGACGGGCUCUUACGGCUACAGCUACAAUGGUAUGGACCUGACCGUCACCAACCGAGGAGGGGGGAGCGGCGGCGCCGCCAACACCGGAGGACACUUCGGGGGCGGCUCGGUCGUAGGGGACUCCCUGGGCUUCGGCUCCGCCGCACCGGAGAGGAGCUUCAGACAGCCGCCCAGCUGCUCACUCGCUUCUGCGGCAGACUCCCUCCUGUCAACCGGUAAUGGAGAAACCAAGCUGGGCGCCCGGAGCUCGUCUCCCCGCUCGGAGCAACCAGGAAGCGGUAAUCUCAGCUCUCCAAACCUGUCCUCCACGUCCUCCGGCGGCGGCGGCGGCGGCGGCACGGCGCAGCGAUUCACGGAGCUGGACGACGUGUCGCCAGAGACCGAGGACUUGCAGCACAACCGGGACGCCGGCCACAGCAGCAACCCGCCGCCCAGGAGCGGGCACCAGCAAGUUGUGCAGAAGCAGGAGGGCGGCCCGGCGGGAUCAGCCACCGGCAGCACGACGGGCAGCGAGGCUCAGCCACCACAGAUAUUCCCCUGGAUGAGAAAGCUGCACAUUAGCCAUGAUAUGACGGGCCCAGACGGGAAACGGGCGCGGACGGCGUACACCCGCUACCAGACUCUGGAGCUCGAGAAGGAGUUCCACUUCAACCGGUACCUCACGCGGCGGCGGCGGAUCGAGAUCGCGCACGCGCUCUGCCUCACGGAGCGGCAGAUCAAGAUCUGGUUCCAGAACCGGAGGAUGAAGUGGAAGAAGGACAACAAACUGAAAAGCAUGAGCCUCGCCACCGCCGGCAGUGCCUUCCAACCCUAGAAAAUAAAAUUUAAAAAAAAGAUAUAUAUCUCUAUCAUCCAUCAGUCCUCUUCGGAAAGGUUACUACCAUGUGCAGGCUUCCCAGGACGAGAUGAAAUGAAAGAAAACUUGAAGAAAAAUAAAGAAGAAGCCAGCAGAAAUAGAGCAAAAGGAGACAACAGUGAUGAAGACAGAUAUAUAAGAAGCAGAUUCCAAAUCUAGAUUUUACAAACACUUCCUAUCAUCAGUUGAGUACUGUACAGCAGCGCAGCACUUUUAUUUGUUCGGCAUGUUAGUCUGUGGUGUUUUAGGGCAACGUAAAAAAAAAAAUGACUGUGGUACUUGCUCUUGUAAAGAAAAAAAAAAAAAAAGUUAGUGUUCCUGUAUGUUGUCGUCGUUUUCAAAUAGCUGUUCGGAGGAGAUGAGUCGAGAUAAGGAAAGGAUGCAUAUUGCUACCUAACGAAGUUUCUACCUACAUCCUUCCUUACAACCUUGCUACCUACUUGUUGUUUCAUGUCUGAAUAUCGUUUUAAUGUGUCGAGUGCGAUGUUUUGUAAUGGACACGGUGCUCUCUCGAGAAGUUAGCAUGUGAGCUCUUAUUGUAAGUUAUUUACAGCCAAUAACGCGUGUAUAGCCUUCUAGUUUGAGUCCCCCCACCCCCAUUCUAAUCUGCUCCUAUUUUUAUUGAGGAGGCAGAGAGGGUGUGUGUGUGUGUGUGCGUGUGUGUGUGUGUGUGUGUGUGUGUGUGUGUGUGCGUGCGUGCGUGCGUGCGUGUCUGUGUGUGUGCGUGAGUGUGUGUGUGUGUCUGUGGUCGUCCAAAAUCACGUCUCUGUAUCAUCCACAUAAUGUUGUGUAUAGCUCUAUUAAUCAAUACGUGUAACUGUAUAUUAUUGUUAUUAUUAUUGUAAUUAUUGAAUCCAUGUUUCAGAAAGGAUGUAUAUAGAUAUAUAUUGACAUUUUUAAAUGUGACCAGAUGGCUAUUCGUAGAUGUAGUGUGCGUGUGUGUGUGAGAGAGAGAGAGAGCGAAAGAGAGCGAGUGCGUGUGUGUACGCAUGUUAAAAGACAUGGCUACCGUCCUGUGAGGCCUGUAAGCUUUCUGCCAAUGAGCUUUUUGUAUUUGUUUGUAACUUGGAGUAAAAAAAAAAAAAAACGACUAAAAAACAAACAAAAAAAAAAAACAAAAAACAAUAAAGUGCCCCAUACUCA